AUGGCAACAAAACACACAUCAAUGGAUCCAAUCUUCAUCCUCUUGCUACUUCUACUCACAGGACCUCAACUUGCUCCAGCAGAUCUAGAUUCCGAACGAGCUGCAUUGCUGGCUCUCCGUUCCUCUGUCGGUGGCCGAACCCUUUUCUGGAACGCAACCAACCAGACUCCAUGCAACUGGGCCGGUGUUCAAUGCGACGACAACCGUGUCGUCGAGCUUCAUCUCCCCGGCGUCGCUCUCUCCGGACAAAUACCUUCCGGCAUAUUCUCCAAUCUAACUCACCUCCGCACUCUCAGUCUUCGUUUCAACGCUCUCACCGGUUCACUCCCUUCAGAUCUGGCUUCCUGUGUCAACCUCAGGAACCUUUAUCUUCAACGAAACCUUCUCUCCGGCGAAAUCCCUCACUUUCUGUUUGACUUACCGGAUUUGGUUCGACUCAACAUGGGCUUCAACAACUUCUCAGGUCCCAUUUCCACCUCAUUCAACAACUUCACCAGACUCAAAACCCUCUACCUUGAAAACAACCACCUUUCUGGUUCUAUACCGGAACUCACUCGUUUGACCCUCGAUCAGUUCAAUGUCUCCAACAAUGUCUUAAACGGUUCUGUUCCCGUUAAGCUUCAGACCUUCCCUCAAGAUUCCUUUUUGGGAAAUUCUCUAUGCGGUCGACCUCUUUCUCUUUGUCCCGGAACCGAGACGAACGAUUCUUCUCCUUUCUCUACCGACGGAGGUAACACUAGUAAGAAGAAGAACAACUUGUCUGGAGGAGCCAUUGCUGGAAUUGUCAUUGGAUCUAUCGUGUUUCUUCUUUUGCUCGUUUUCCUUUUGAUCUUCCUGUGUAGGAACAAGAGUAGCAAGAAAACUAGUGCUGUUGAUGUUGCUACCGUCAAGCAUCCUGAAGCUGAUGUUCCUCGUGAUAAGUCUAUUUCCGACCUGGAGAACGGCAAUGGAUAUGCUUCAGCUGCUACUGCUGCUGCUGCGGUGGUUGCAGUCAACAAGGUUGAAGCAAAUGGAAAUGGAAACACUGCUGGUGGAGCUAAGAAGUUGGUGUUUUUUGGGAAUGCGCCGAGGGCUUUUGAUCUAGAGGAUCUGUUGAGGGCUUCCGCGGAGGUGUUGGGUAAAGGGACAUUCGGGACAGCGUAUAAGGCGGUAUUGGAGUCAGGGCCAAUAGUGGCGGUGAAAAGGUUGAAGGAUGUGACAAUAAAUGAGAAGGAGUUCAGAGAGAAGAUUGAAGCAGUUGGAGCAGUAGAUCAUCAAAGUUUGGUGCCUUUAAGAGCUUACUAUUUUAGCAGGGAUGAAAAGCUUCUUGUUUAUGAUUACAUGUCAAUGGGAAGCCUCUCUGCACUUUUGCAUGGAAACAAAGGAGCAGGUAGGACACCAUUGAAUUGGGAAAUGAGAUCAAGCAUUGCACUAGGAGCAGCCCAAGGCAUUGAGUUCCUUCACUCACAAGGGCCUAAUGUUUCCCAUGGAAACAUAAAGUCAUCUAAUAUCCUCUUAACCAAGUCGUAUGAAGCAAAAGUCUCUGAUUUUGGGCUUGCACAGCUUGUUGGCCCAUCCUCUACCCCAAACCGUGUUGCUGGGUACCGUGCCCCAGAAGUAACCGAUCCUCGCAAAGUAUCUCAAAAGGCAGAUGUGUACAGUUUUGGCGUAUUGCUCUUAGAACUUCUAACAGGGAAGGCACCUACACAUGCCCUCCUAAAUGAAGAAGGGGUAGACCUUCCAAGAUGGGUUCAAUCUGUGGUUAGAGAAGAGUGGACUUCUGAGGUGUUUGAUCUCGAGCUCCUAAGGUAUCAGAAUGUUGAAGAGGAGAUGGUUCAGUUGCUUCAACUUGCUGUUGAUUGUGCAGCACAAUACCCUGAUAAGCGACCAUCGAUGUCUGAAGUCGUACGAAGCAUAGAAGAAUUACGAAGAUCUAGCUUGAAAGAUGAGCAAGACCAAAUCCAACAUGAACAAUGA